AUGGCGUUAAUUUAUCUCGGCUACAAAGCAUUGAAGGGUAAAAAAGGAGAAAAAGAAGAGGGAGAAGAAAAAGCUCAUGAUAUCAGAGACGAUAUUCCAAAAGAUCCGAAUGAGAAAAAGAAAAAGGUUGGAGGAGCAGCUGGUGGAGCAGCGAUCGGAACUGCGAUUUGCCCGGGCAUUGGAACUGCUAUUGGCGCCGGAGUGGGAUUUUUCGCGGGAACGAAAGCGUCGCAAAAAGCAGUGAAAGAUGCGCAGAAGAAGAAGCAGCGAUCGCAGGGGCAUCCUUAUCAGCCAAAACCAUCUUCGUCGUCUUCGCAAAAGAGCUCCUCUUCUACGAGUAGCACGAAAAAAGCGACUCCUCCUCCAGAACAAAAAAAGCCAGAACCAGUUCCAGAAAAACAGGAACAACCAGUUGUCGAAGAAAAAAGAGCUUCUCCUGAACCAUCGGCUCCUGAAUUCGGAGACAUAGAAGACGCACAAGUUGCCGAAAACCCCUCACCAGUUGAGCAACCAAAUCAACCAGUGGCUCCAGCACGGACAAAUUCAGUGUACCCUUCCCUCGGAGAAAUUUGA